GCAAAUACACUGUCAGAGACUGAAAUAGUGCUUGAUCCAACAGAAAAUUGCACUAGUUGUGAUAAUAAUUUGGUUCGCAAAUCAAAUUUUUAUACGAGUAUUGAAUCCAAUAUACGGCCCGUAAAACACAAACUGAAAGCAUCGGCGCUUCAAUUCAUGUAUUCAAUGGAUAUAACAUCUGAUUGUUUGGACUCAUUGUUCACAUGGUUUGAAGCCUUAAAGCGUAAUGAGUUGUGGGCCUAUCAAAUGUUUGAUUCAAUGGGAAAACUGCCGUCGGGUCUAUUGGAUGGCGUUAUCACAAGUUUUGGUGAUUACGACCAGUGCUUAGCCGUUAAAAGCGGUCCACAAAUGAAUACCAAAACAAUUUAUGGCAAAUACUGUUUAAUUUGUUCCAUCAUUCUCCAUCACCAUGGCGACCGAUUGCUUAUCGGGGAAGCGAUGCUAUUGUUUGCCAUUAUAUGGUUUACAACUGCACUGCACUAUACAUUGAUAGCGGCCACAGAGUUU